AUGCCUAAGAGCUACACCCCAAUCCACAACUCUAUUCCAGAGGAAGACUGGCAGCUCUCCUCCGACGACGAGAGCGCAUACCGUCUCCGCCAGAUCGACCGCGCCACUUCCAGUUCCCAGGCUGCGAAAGAAUACGAUGCCGUCGCCGCCCGCAAAUCCGCCGAUUACGAAGCCUACCUGGAUACCCUGACCUCCGACGAGCAGCACCUGCUCUCCACAUCGAACGACCAUGACAUAGACGAUUUGGAUCUUUACGGGGGCGGCAAGGCGGCCGAGCGUCGGAAGCUCGCGGAGGCGAGGAAGAGGAAGGCGGCGCUGGCGCAGCGCGGAGGUUGGCGCGCGGUUUACUAUUCGAAAGCUUGGUGGUGGACGCUGGUCGUCGUCAUUCUUGCGCUGGCGGUGCUGGUUGGGGGAUUUUUGAAAUAUACGUGGUCAAAGGGGGAUAUUUGGGAGGAAUAUGAUAUGCCCGGGUCGGACUCGUAUUUCCCCACGCCCAAGGGCGGGACGCUCAAGAGCUGGGCUGAGAGCUAUGAGAAAGCUGCGAAACUCGUCGAGCGGAUGACAUUGAUUGAGAAGAUCAAUAUCACAACGGGGACGGGUUGGAUGAUGGGCAUGUGCGUUGGGAACACGGGUCCCGCCAAACGCGUCGGAUUCCCUUCGCUGUGCCUCCAAGAUGGCCCGCUUGGCAUCCGUUUCGCAGACCGCAUCUCCGCAUUUCCCGCAGGUAUAACCACAGGCGCCACGUGGAAUCGAGACCUCAUGCGCCAGCGCGGCGCCGCAAUUGGCCUCGAAGCUCGUCUGAAAGGAGUGAAUGUGAUACUCGGGCCGUCUAUGGGCCCUCUCGGUAUGAUGCCCGCUGGCGGUCUCAACUGGGAGGGUUUCGGCUCGGACCCUGUUUUGCAAGCUGUUGCAGCUGCGGAGACCAUCCGCGGCAUUCAGAGCAACGGGGUCAUGGCUACAGCGAAACACUACGUGAUGAACGAACAGGAGCACUUCCGCCAGCCUAAUGAGUGGGGCAUUCCAUACGCUGUGUCUUCAAACAUCGGAGACCGGGCAUUGCAUGAGGUGUUCCUCUGGCCCUUUGCUGAGAGUAUCCGUGCGGAUGUUGCUAGCGUGAUGUGCGCGUAUAACCAGGUGAACAACAGCCAUGCCUGUGAAAACAGCAAGCUGCUAAAUGGGAUCCUCAAGGAUGAGCUGGGGUUUCAAGGGUUCGUUCAGUCCGACUGGCUCGCGCAGCGCUCAGGCGUGAAUAGUGCUUUGAGUGGCCUGGAUAUGAGUAUGCCUGGCGAUGGUUUGUACUGGGCCGAUGGCAGAUCAUUGUGGGGCUCCGAACUCACUCGCUCGGCAUUGAAUACGUCGGUACCGAUGGAACGGGUCAACGAUAUGGUGACUCGUAUCGUGGCCGCUUGGUAUCAGCUAGGCCAAGAUUCCUGGGAGCGCCCGGCGCCAGAGGGCGAAGGUGGCCCGAACUUCUCAUCGUGGACCGAUGAUGAAUACGGCCUUCUGUACCCCGGAAGUCCGGGUGACGAGUCAGCUGCUCUUGUAAACAAAUUCAUUGAUGCGCAGGGCAUCGGGGAGGACGCUCAUUCGAUCAUAGCGCGGAAGGUCGCCACGGAGGGUAUUGUCUUGGUCAAGAAUGUUGACGGUUUCUUACCUCUAUCGCGAGAGCCAAAAGCCAAUGCAGACCGGCCGUAUCGCGUCGGCGUUUAUGGAGACGAUGCUGGGCCCGCAGAGGGCCCUAACGUCUGCAAGGACCGUGGAUGCAACUCCGGGACUCUAGCGAUGGGCUGGGGUAGCGGCGCCGUUGAGUUUCCAUACCUAGUCAGCCCGAUUGACGCGCUCCAGAACGCGUGGAAUAGCAAUGUGGAGUUGACUCCCUACCUCCGCAACGCCGUGAUGCCAGCAGAUACUUCCGACAAAGACCUGUGCUUGGUCUUCGCCAACGCCGACUCCGGCGAAGGAUACAUCUCCGCCGGCGGCAUCCACGGUGACCGAAACAACCUCUUCCUCCAGAAAGGAGGAGACACCCUCAUUGAGACUGUCGCCAAAAACUGCGGCGGGCCAACUGUCGUGGUCGUGCACGCUGUCGGUCCUGUGAUCGUCGAAUCCUGGAUCGACCUACCUGGCGUUCAGGCCGUUCUCUUCGCCCAUCUCCCAGGCCAAGAAAGCGGCAAUGCGAUCGUUGACAUCCUCUUCGGUCAACUCGACGCCACGGGCCGACUCCCCUACACUGUCGGCAAAUUACUCGAAGACUACGGCCCCGGCGCGCAAGUCCUGUACGAACCCAAUGCGCCAGUGCCACAAGUCGAUUUCGCCGAUGCCCUCUACAUUGACCAUCGCUACUUCGACCGCCACAACAUAACUCCGCGCUACGAGUUCGGCUACGGCCUCUCGUACACAAACUGGGAACUCACCGACCUAAAGAUCACACCUCUACACAAGCGCAAGCUAUCCCGCCUCCCAGUUGCCCGUCCCGAGAACGAAAUCUCCCCGCCUAAAUACGAUCCGAACCCACCCCCAGCUAACGACUCCGUCCUCUUCCCACCGGGCUUCCGCGUCCUCGAAAAAUACAUAUACCCAUACCUACCAACCCUCGACGCAACAACCCCACCACCACCGAACCCAGACACAGAACCCGAAAAGGACAAACCACCUCGCCGCACCAAACCCUCAGACGCAGGUGGCGGCGCCGGUGGGAACCCAUCACUCUACGAAGAAAUCGCACGCAUCGACCUCUCCGUCGCAAACACGGGGAAACGCCCUGGCUCAACAGUCGUCCAAGUCUACGUCUCGUUCCCGGAUAGCGUAACUGAAUCCCUCCCCACCUCGACUUCAAACACAAACACAAACCCCAAGGCCCCCCGAUCUCUGGUUUCCAGAGUAGCCGCUGCAGAGAAAAUCGACUUCCCCGACCGCGUCCUCCGCAACUUCACCAAGAUCGCACUGGAAGCGGGCCAGAAGGGCGCUGUGUCGCUUACGCUGUCACGGAAGGACCUGAGUUACUGGUCCGUGCGUGAACAGAAUUGGGUCCUUCCGCGCGACCAGGGCGAGUUUUAUAUUUGGGUGGGUCAUAGUAGUCGAGAUUUGCCGUUGGGGAAGACUUUUCAGGUCUGA